AGGUCUGGCCUGUGCUGGAGCUGUUCCUCUCGGGGAGGGAUGGUUAAUGGCUGUCUUGUGUGUCCUCUGUCCCAAGGCUAAGAAGAAGCCACCACAGCUGCAGACUCCCAGAGAUGUGUCUCCUGUGUUCCGUUCCUUUCUGAAGUCUUGCCUGACCCAGAAAGGGAAGCGUCGAUGGACAGCCAGUCAGCUGCUGAAGCAUAAGUUUUUGAAAAAAUCCCAGAAUCUUGACGAGCUGGCUCCUCUGAUUGAUGCAGCCAGGAGACACACAACACCAGCACCAGAACCUCUGCUGGCCUCUUCUGUUUCUGGACAAGAGAGUAAAGAAGAGCAAGGACAGAAGGAUGUUGAUAAAGCAAAGCCUGAAGGAAUGAAAUCAGGCACAAAAGUGGCACCAGAACCUCUUCUGGCUCCCUCUCUUCCUGGACAAGAGGGUGAAGAAGAGGAAGUGGACAGUGAAGCUGCAGCUGUUGUUGGAGCAGAGGAGCCUGAAGGCAUUAAAUCAGGCACAAAAGUGGCACCAGAACCUCUUCUGGCUCCCUCUCUUCCUGGACAAGAGGGUGAAGAAGAGGAAGUGGACAAUGAAGCUGCAGCUGUUGUUGGAGCAGCAGAGCCUGAAGGAAUUAAAUCAGUAAGUGCCCAGCCACUGACACCUGGAAAAGGG